AAAGGUGCAAAUACAGCCUAAAAGGAAGUAAAACGUGGAAACAGAUUUUGUUUAGUAUAUGUAUCGUUUUCUUCAAACAAUCAAGUUCGGAAUGGAAGAUAAUAUUUCUCAGGAAAGCUUAAGCCCCCCUUCAGAUAAACAGGUGCUUCCUCUUCCUCUCACCGCUCUGCGUCUCCUGGUACCUCCCCUGCGGCUGGCCUCUGCAGCGAUCUGGCAAACCGUCCAGCGGAAAGUUGUGGCUGACUAUGGCAUCCUGGAGGAAUUUGUGUCUAUGGUUACAGACAUCAUUCCGGAGCUGCUUACCAGACACCAGAAAGCCCAGCUCACACUGGGUCUGAGAGCGCGGCUGAUUUUGGCCUUAUGCCACCAGGAAAAUGCUCCUGACUGCGAUCUUAUUGAGCCACACUUGGACAGGAUGGAAAUGCUCAUCAGGUCAUGGCUCAAGGAGGUUGGGGGUUCAAAUCCAGAAGUGUCCCACUUGGACUUUGUGGAUCUUGUUAAGAAAUUUCUGUCGAGCCCUGAUGAGAGGGAAUACUUCUUUCAGAAGGUUUUCCAUGAAGAUUUUGGUGCAGCAUAUGAUGAAGCCAUUCAUGCCCUGAUGUGGCUGUUUUUGUCUAAAUUUGAAAACGUCCUUCCUGUUCAAACCUUCCAUCAGGUUGCAACCAUGUUCGGGGAGGGUUCCUGCGUUUUGGCGCAAUAUGUCCAGUCUGUUUCUCAGUGUGAUGAGCUUAAAAUCCUUCUGCAAUAUCAUAAUGACCUCAGCCAACUGGAUCACAAUGAUAUUUCUCUUGAUGGUUCCUGCAUCAUCUCUGCCCUAAAACUUCCGUGUCUAGAAACAACCAUGACAUUCAAAAGACAUGAAGACGUUGAUGUUUUGAAAAAUGUCCCAUCAUGCCCAUCACCUGUGGAAGAGGACUCCGUACAAUUGCUUGAUGCAUCCCAUAUGAAACCUAAUGCAGCUUCAGGGCAUUUAACACUUGAGUCGACUGUUCUGACCCUUGAGGAAAAUGGAACACAGCUUUCAGGGAUUGAAAAUCAAAUUGAAAAGAAUUUGGACGACGUCGUUGAAGGUCUAGGCGCGGCUGCAUCCCGCGUCAAGAAGAAACGCAAAGUUCCUGGGAAAAAACUCAACGAACCAGUGUCCACAAAUUCCCGACCUGUGAGGGCUAACAGGGGUUUGUUGAUGAAGAAGAUUCUUGAGGAGGAGAAAAGGGAGCUACAGGAUGAAACCCAGCCGGCCAAAAACCCUACUCCUAAGAAAACGAUACAAUCCAGCAAGACUCCCCCGGCAGUUUCUGAUAAGCAAGAUUCAGCCAGCUCAGGCAAAUUAUCCACACAGAAGGCUCCUGUAGCCACAUGCAGUGAGGAUGACUCCUGGUCUUACUACUCAGAAGGGUCCUGCCAAGAUGAUCCAAGUCUCAGUAAUGCAGAUUCUUGGUCUUACUACUCAGAUGACGAGUCUUCAUUUGAAAAAUCUGUCAGCUGUCCUGCUGAAAGUGAUUCAGUUUCUAGCUGCUCUAAUACUGAUGCCCCUGAAAAUACAUUCUCUCCAUCCCAACAGCCAACAUGCUCCAAUAUGAAAGCCAGCACUCCAAAAAAGACUCGGAAUUUCUUGUGUUUUAUCUGCAAACAGCAGGUGAGCAAAAAGCUGCGAGCUCACAUAAAAAGCCACUUUCCUAACAAAGACUACACCUGUCCUCAGUGUGACACCAAGUAUAAACUCCUCUCCUCGCUUGAGAGGCACUUGAAAAAGACCUGCUUCGAGUACCACCUGAAGAACAUAGAUCCCGACAAGCCAGAGGAAACCCAGAACCUUUCCAAGUGUGACAAAUGUGGAGCCGCGUUUCAGUACAAGGUUUCCUUACAGAAGCACCUGCUGACCCACCAUGAGCUGUACUGCAGUGUGUGUCGGACGGUGCUGCGAGACGCUGAAACGUUGGCCCGGCACAAAACUGCGCACAUGCCGUUUCAGUGCACCCGCUGCGACCAGAUCUUCACCGUUUUUAAGCACCUGGUUAGGCAUUAUGAGAACACCCACCAAAUCAGCAGACCCUUCAAAUGCAAUCAUUGUCCAAAGAUUUUACCCAAGCUCAAUGUUUUAAUCAAACACGAAUGGCAACACACGGGUCGUCUACCCUUUCAGUGCGCUCAGUGCAAUUUAAAGUUCAAAUCCUUCUCAUAUCUCCUGUCCCAUGAAAAAGUGCACAAAGGAGAGAAACCCUGCCUUUGCUCAGACUGUGGCAAGACUUUUGCCCACAGAUCCAACCUAUACCGACACUUAAGACUCAUCCACAGUGCUUCUAGAAAUGAAAGAAGCUAUUCAUGUUCCCAGUGUGAGAAGGCCUUCAAAGAAAAAGCUACCCUGAUAAAGCAUCAGAGGACCAAACACCUACAGCAACUGUUCCGCAGACAGUGCCCCUUCUGUGGGAAGAUGGUCGCUACGUCAACAUUGGCAAGGCAUAAAGUGAUGCAUAUGGGUCAGAGCCCCUUUAAAUGCAUCGUACCUGAAUGUAGCCGCAGCUACAGAACAGGUUCUGAGCUGAAGAGGCACGUCCUCGUACAUCACACCAAUGAGCGGCCGUACAAAUGUGAUGUCUGUGGAAAGGGCUUUGUACGACUCUGCGAUCUCAAUGCACACGCAAAAAUCCACUCGAAAGAAAGACCGUUUGUUUGCCACAUCUGCGGUAAGGCUUUCCUCAAGGCCUACAGCAUGUUUAGACAUAAGAGGCUUCUACACCCAUCUAUGGAGGAUUAAGGCGGCAUCGUAGAAACCAUUAGUUGAAAGAACUGAGAGUAUUUAAAAGCCAGAGCGAAUUUGGAGUGAAAUAUAUGUACCCAAUGGCAGAAGUAACAGUUGAUGGAUUGGUCAUAAUGUUUUGGAGACGAACCUUUUCUAUUAUUUGUAUUUGCAAAGCAGUGCCCGAAUAAUGACAAUUCUUUAGUGUGACUUGGUGAGGAACUGAUGCAUCACCCUGAAAAGAUUAUUGCUUUUAUUGCAUUCAUUGCCACCAUCUUUGUUCAAAAAUAAAAUGGUAUGUUUGCGAGGAA